UUGCCAUUACUGGUAAAGAAUAAGAAAUUAAACAGGGGAGAGCAUAUCGCUGCACAGAAGAAUAAUGUGACGGUCCUAAAAUGGAAGGACAAAAGAGAUGUCCUAAUGAUAUCCACUUGUCACGCAGAUGAGCAAACAAUGUCUAAUGGCCGAAACCAGCGUCUAAAGCCCAAUAUGAUACUGGAAUACAACGAUCGAAAGAAAGGUAUCGAUCUUUCUGACGAGUUAGCAAGUUACUAUUCACCGAUUCGUAAGACGCUGACAUGGUACAAAAAAGUUGCUGUCGACGUGCUAUUUGGAGUUGGUAUAGUAAAUACGGUUUAUUUGUACAAUAAAUUGAACCAGCAAAAUAAAUGUACUCUUUUGCAAGCACAAAUGGAUAUUGUAAAAAAAUUAUUGGGUAUAAACGUUGUCCAGUCAGCGUCAAUACUUACGCCGCUAAGGAGUUCCACUGAAAAUACCUCUCAAGGAAUUCGAAAUGUUCGUCCAUCCACGUCACAGAUGCAGCAUUUCCUCACGGAGCUAGAUCGAAAAGAUGGAAAAAAGACAAGACGUCGGUGUACCGGGUGCUAUGAUGAACAUCGUCAAAAAGGUGAAACUGCAGCUGCUGCCACCAAUAAGGCCAAACGAGUUUCACAAAAUAUGUAA